AUGUCGACCGGUGUUGUGCGGUCUACCGCCCUCAGAGCCGGCGGCGCCUGCGUGCGCUGCCGCAAGGGCAAGACCAAGUGCGUCUACGAGAACGGCCGCGCUCCAUGCAAGAACUGCGCCAAGGGCAUGCACGAGUGCUAUCUGCCCUCCGAGUCCAUGGCCCAUCAUCACGGCCAGUCGCCCGCUCGCCAUACCACCGCUCAUCGUCCUUCGCGCGAGAGCCUGCCAGCUUCGGUCCCGGCCGGCGAGACGCGCGCCGCCAACCCGGCAUCCACUGGAUCGCGACACGUUCAGCCUCCCGAAAAGCUCACUCCGGAGCUGAUCCAGGAAUGCGAACGCGUCAUUUCCAAGACGUACCCGGCCUGUGUCGCCUUCCACAAGCCGUCUUUCAUCCAGCAGCUGAAGAACGCCUCGCUGGACCCGGCUCUCAUCUACGCGCUGCUCACCUGCGCUGCUCGGAGCUCUCCCACCUUGAUUCGCCGCUAUGGUGGACAGUCCGGCGCUACCGGUGCCGCUGAGCACUUCGCCGCCAAGGCCAUGGGUAUCAUCAACCAGAACCUCGACACGCCGAGUCUCGCUGAGAUUCAGGCCAUCUGCUUGAUCAUCAUUCACGAAUGGGGCUCCCGCAAUGCCGUGCGCGCCUACAUCUACCUUGGCCAGGCCAGCCGCAUGGUCCAGAUGUACCGUAUCCUGCACAGCCAUCACGCCGCUGUCAGUGAGGCCGACCGCUUCCUCCAGGACGAGUCCUUCCGCCGUGUCCUAUGGCUGUUGUACAUCCUCGACUGCCUGCUGACCAGCACGCCCGGUCGCCAGCCGGCCUUGUCGUCCAACGACACCGCUGACGUCUCGCUGCCGUGCUCCGACAUGAACUUCGCAUUCGGCAACGCCGUCUUCGUCCAGACCAUCAACCUCUCGGACCCGUCCCGUCUGCCCGCCGGAACCCGCGUUGACGACAUCGGCGAGUUCGGCCAGAUCGUCAUGGCCACCCGAAUCUGGCGCGACGUGGUUCAGAUGCUGAUGACCACGACCACCGAGACCUUUAACGACGGCGUCUGCAAUGGUCUCAUGGGGGAGAUUGAGCGCCUCAGGAACUCUCUGUCGAUGCAGUACGUCGACAAGCCUGGCCAGAUCAACCUGCACAUUACCAUGGGCUCCGGCUUCACGUACGCCAUGCUGCACUGCAUGCUGCACUGCGCGUCCAUCUUCAUCAACCGCCGCCGCCUGCUGCAGUACGUCACUGCGCCCGGCUUCGAUGUCGAGACCUGGCGUCUGUCGCCCCAGUGCCACGAGAUCAUUGAUAGGCUCUUUACCUCGUGCCACAGCACCAUCGCCAUGUUGACGGCGCUCGAGACCGGCUCAGACAAGGAUGGCAUCAUCUGCUUCCCCAUCUUCAUGCUCUUCUCUUCCUUCACCGCAAGCGCUACCGUCGCCUACCUGUCUCUGAAGGGCCUCACACCGAAUAACGCCGUGGAGACCGCGGGACACAUUGUUCGCGACGGCCUGCACUUCAUGCAGGAGGGCGUCGAAACCUGGCCCCUCAUCAGCUCGUGGCUGCGUCACCUCGCCGUCAUGCACAGAGUCCUCGGCAAUGAUGCCACCGGCAGCCCCUCUGCUCGCCCUACUUCCCUUCCCCCUGCUGCUGGCCACCCGCCCGUCGCCGAUCAGGCCUCCGUUAAGGACGAGGCUGCUUCCAACCCCGACACCAACCCGGAUGCGAUGGACUACGACCAGACCUCCAACGCUCCGGCGCCGCAGCCCCCCGUCAACAACGGAACUGCCCCCGUCAGCGAGAACGGACGCGACAGCGAGCCUCCUGUUCCUCUGCCCCGCCGCCCCGGCGUCGCCACCAUCAACGGCGGCUCCGUCUCCGGCACCCCGGCUUCCGCCAGCCCGCCGCCCCAGCAGCAGCCCGAGUCCAAGGCGUCGCCUGAACCUAUUGCCCAGCCUAUCGUCAGCAACGGCGUCACUCCUUCCGCCGAGUCUGUUGCUCCCGUGCCUCAGGACAUGACGGCUAGUGAGCUCUGCUCUGCAUUCGAGCGACAGCUUCUGGAGCUCGACGACCUCGCUGCCUUCAUGGGCGGUGGCGUCUAA